AUGAAAAUUCGUGGAUAUAAAACUAUUGUGAAAUUCUUCACACAUGAAGUAUCAGAUUUGGAACCAACCUUUUAUUUUAUGGUUUCCCAAGAUCCUCAAGAUUAUUCUGGAUGGGAGACAAGAUAUGUAUUGUUAAUAUGGUUAUCAUUAAUUUGUAUGAUUCCAUUCGAUCUGAAGACUGUUGACAGUUUAGCUGUCGCAGAAGGAAAUAAG